AUGUGGAUGUGUGAGGACGUGGCGGACGUUGAUACAGUCAAAACACAAACAGUUCAAAAUGACAAUAGCGAAAGAUUGUCUCUUUACAGCGGUACUUUAGCCGACGUUUUCAUGAUGUCUGUGAGACACAUCGACUACCUUAAGAUCUAUCCAUCAAAGCUCUUGGUUGUGGAGAUAAGACCAGUUAGAUGUGUGAUUGACACACCCUCUGGUCCCUCUAGAACGGCCAAAUGGAUGAACUAUUCUCAUUGGAAGGAACUACAAACUCUGUUAAAUGAUGCUGUUGAUCAGUACCAGGAGGAGAAGAACAACCUCAGUGUUACUCAAGAUAUUGAAUGUAAUAAACCAAUUAUAAAAGUUGGAUCCACAAUUAAAAUUGGGUAUGUAGAAAGUAGUUGA